AUGUCCACUCUCGCGGGAUCAUAUAUACGAACUGCCAGUGCAGUGCCGGCGCCAGCAGCAGCACCCGGGGCUGAUGACCUGCUCGAAAACAUCUGGGAGGACUUUGUCGAGAAAGGGAAGGAUAUCAUCAGCGGUGACGCCAAUAGCGCUUCCAUAGGAAGUAAGUCACUACUCACCCUAACUAAUACCAAUACCAAGCAUGCUGCUGGGUCAAAAAAACAAGAAAAAACUAACAAAUAUAAGCCCUCGAUCCAAAACUCCUCCCAAAUAUCCUCUACUUCGCCGAAUUCGCAGCAGCCGCAUACUGCGAUCCUAACCACGUAGUUGGCACGCAAGUCACCUGCACCGAGGGCGUAUGUCCAGAGAUAACUGCGAACAACAUCACCACGAUUCUAGAAUUCGCAAAGUCUGUCCUCCCUCCCCCCUCCCUCAUUCCCCUACUAACAUCCCAAAUAGUACCAAGGACGCCGACACAACAGGUCUAGUUGCCCGGGACGACACCACCAAAUCCAUCGUGUUAUCCAUCCGCGGCAGUAGCUCGCUGCGCAAUUGGUUGGCAAACGUGCAGGUAAAGCUCAAGGAUGUUCCCGAGGUAUGCCCCGAUUGCAAAGUGCAUAGCGGGUUCCACGAAGCCAUGCAGGAAGCGCUACCGGCCGUGUCGAAAAGCCUGGAUGAAUUGAGGAGGAGGAAUCCAGAGUAUACGGUUGUUGCCGUCGGGCACUCGCUCGGUGGGGCUAUAGCAACGUUGAUGGCAGAGGAGAUUAGGAGGGGGGGUGUGGAGGUUGAUUUGGUAUGUUGUUGAGCAAACCUUGGGAUGGCGGAGGUGGUGGUAGUUUUGUUGGCUGAUGGGGAGGUGCGAUAGUAUACAUUUGGUGCGCCAAGGGUCGGGAACGAAGCGCUAUCGGCUUUCAUUUCGAAGUCAGGGACUAACUUUCGCGUUACCCACACUAGUUAGUCCCCACCCUAAUCUUCUCCCUUCUUAUGUUAUGAUACGAUACUAAUAUUCCCCCCCCCCCCCCCCAACGAUGACCCAGUUCCCCGCCUCCCACCCGCAAUCCUCGGAUACCAGCACAUCUCACCAGAACACUGGAUCUCAAAAGACGACACGAAUGUCAAAGCUGCCGACAUCCAGAUCUUCGAGGGCGGAAUCAAUACCGGUGGUAACACCAACGGACCGAUAUCUCUGAACAUAGCAGCGCACUCGCAAUACCUUUUACCAGCGGGGAUUUCAACUUGCGCACCUUCUGGUUUCGAGUUU